GCCUGCUGGGCCGCGGUGCCGCCCCCUGCGCGGGCCGAGCGAGCCCCGAGCGAGUUCCGAGCCAGCCAGCCCGCGCCGCCCCGCCCUCGGCCGCGGCCCCGCCGCCGGCUCUUUUCCGCCGCUGCGCGCGCCCAGGGGCGGUGCGCCCGCCUCCUCCGCCCUGGCCCAGGCCCGCCCGCUCGCGGGCUUUGUUGUGGAGGCAGCGGCGCGGCGCCGCCCGCACGCCCGGAGCGGGCCCGCGGGGGAGGAGCGCGCAGGAUAGUUUGGGAUCAUUGCCUUCAGAAGGAGAUGGUGAUGCAUUGCAGUGAUUGCCUCAGCAGCUAUUUAUGGUCUGUUACAGCAAGGAUAUUCUGAUUCAAGCCCAGCUCUUUACUUGACAAAGCUGCCAGCCACCGAUAUGGACUCCAUGGAGACCCUCCUUUUGAGCUUGUACCUUCCUUGGUUGGUGUAGGAAAAGGAAGCAGCACAGCAACUCUGUGGUGGCAAAAGUUUGGGAUUUCUGGGACUUGAACCAAAUGCUUUCAAAAAGUCAGAUGAAACGUGUAUCAGUGGUUCAGUUUGGCUUAUUGCAAAAUGCUUAUGUCCAAGAGUCUGUCUCUGUCUUCUGUCUAAUCACUUGCAAAGUAGCUGAAGACUGAUUAAAAUGCCCCUUUAGCCUUCUCUUCUUAAAGCUGACAAACUCAGCCCUUUCAGCUUCUCCUCCUAAUCCAAAAGUAAAUGAGGAACUUAAGAAAAGAUUGCCAACUCCAAAUCAACACAGUUACACAGAAUUGAAAAAGAAGAAGCUUACAGCUUCAUUUGAGGACUUUUGUAAGGAACUCAGUGUUCUGCAAUAUGAGCUCUGAAAUCUUGGAGCAAAAACUGGAGUCAGUGCCAGAUCAAACAAGUUCAGAAGAACAAAUGGAGGACUGGUCAAAAGAAAUAUGUAUUCUGGAGCAGAAAGGAGAAGACUUCUGUGCUGAACUUCAGUUUCACCAAAAUUAUUCAAAAAACCCAGAAUUUUUCAUCCAGACAGAAGCUAAAGCCCUGAAACUUUCAGAUUUGCCGGUAACCAGUCUAAGUGGAAUAUCCCCAAAUGUGUGUGGUGAUUAUAAUUCCAGUCCAGAAGAGUCAAGCUCUGUAGAAAGAAAGGGUGACAGGAUGCUCCCUGACUUUAUAUUCUCAUGGAAAGAUGCUGCAGACUCAGGUGGAAGGACAGAAACUGCAUUCCUUUUAAAAGAAUUGGACACUCUAAGGGCCAAAAAUACAAAGCUUCAAGAUAAGCUGUUGGAAAAGGACAAGGAGCUGAAGACAAUAAAACUGGACUUAGAACUGCGAGACAGAGCUACAGAAGCUAAGAUUGCAGAAAAGAUUGCAGCUCUGGUGGAAGAAGUUUAUUCUGCUCAACGGGAACGUGAUGAGGCUGUCAUGGCAAGGCUUAGAUUAGCUAAUGAAGAGAGAGAUGAAGCAUUUCUACGAGUGCGGCAUUUAGAACAAUCUCUCAAAGAGCUAGAAAAUAUUAACCCUGAAGAAAAUGACAUGACAUUACAGGAAUUACUGAACAGAAUAAACAAUGCAGACACUGGCAUAGAUAUACUGAAGAAUGGAGCUAUAAUUCUGAAUCGAAUACACAGGACCAAAGAACAUAAAAAGAAAAUAGUAGCUGAGGAGAUGAAUGCAGUGAUAGAACAACGGGAUGCUGCUUUGUCUCAAUGCAAACGGCUGGAGCAGGAGCUUCAUCAUCUGAAAGAGCAGAACCAGACUUCAGCAAACAACACGAGACAUCUGACUGCUGAAAACAAUCAAGAACGUGCUCUGAAGGCAGAAUUGAUAACCUUGCAACAAGAAAAAGAGGCUGUUCUUCAACAAUGCAAAAAACUAGAAGAAGAAAUCCAGACAUUGCGUGUUUAUUACAGCUUACACAAAUCCUUGUCUCAAGGAAUGAGUCUGAAGAAUCAGUUUAACUGUACUUUUGGUACGUCUGAAAGUGGGCUGAAAAGCGGGGAGGAUGUUGUGACCCUUAUGUAUCGCCAGGUUGAAGAGCUGGCAGCCCAACUGCAGCAAGCCCAGUCGCAGCAAAAGGAGACAGAACUGAAGCUCCAGAAGGCCUUGGAGGCUUCCCAGGAGGCCAAUGAAAAAGUUGAGAAGUUGGAAAGGCUGGUGGACGUCCUGAGGAAGAAGGUUGGAGCAGGGACCAUUAGGACCGUGAUCUGAUUGAAAGCUGUAGUCUAAGGAAGCAUUCACAUCUGGUGACCAGGCUGCUUCAUUCAGCGCUGUGUAAACACUAAAGCCUUAACUCAGCAAACAGUUGUUAGAAGUGGGACACUCCAGCGACAUUCCAAGCUGAGAUAAAAUCAAAUCAUAAAUGUUUAACUACUUUGCUGCUGAGUUCUGUGAUUUGUCGAAAUAUUUCACUGCAAACAUAUAUUUUUUUUUAAGCAGAUGCAUUGUGGCACUAUGUACUGUGAAAAAUGAUGUAGAUGCUUAUUUUAACAGUCUGUUCUCUCAGUGUUACUUGACUGUAGUCUGCUGUAAGACACAGCCUGAUCGUGUUUUCGAAUACUGCCUGCUUCAGGUGCAAAAUCCUGCAAAGCAGUUUCCAAAUUUAAAUCUCUUGUGUUAUUUCUGAAAUUACAAACAGUCCAGUAUUUGUAUGUUAAACAUAUUAAUUGAUAAAGUAGGCUCACAUCCAAAAAAUAUCUCUGGUUAGUGUCUUGGAAAUUUUUUCCCCCUAACUCAUAGCCCAUUCAAUUGUGACUAGUAACUGCAGCUGUGUCUGGAGGAACAGGUUCAUAUAUUGCUGUGUGAAAGCUUUGUAACAUUGUACGGUAUCUCAAACAGUGGGGAAUUUUCUGGAUUACUGUUGAUCACUCCUCUGUUCAUUCCUAUGAGAGGAAAUCUCUCAAAUAUUCAGGACCACCUUAUAGAAUCAAAACUCACAUCUUCAGUGUAAAAUGGCUGUCUCAUCCCUUUCCUACAAAAGUUUUUGCCUGUUUCUUACAAGUAGAAACUAGUACUCUGUGAUGUAGGAGCAGCAUCCAGUUUGGGUCUGAGGCCAGACUGCCAAGUGUCCACUUUGCUUACUCCUCAAGUGCCCUCAGAGCGAACUCUAAGGCUGAAGGAUAGAAGACAACAGGAAGGUGGGAAAAUAGAAGGGUAAGGAUAAAAAUUUCAGGUACACACAUACUGUUCCAGACCUUACAGACACAGCAGAGUUAGCCCUAGAAUUAUGUGUGUGACCCAUACACCUGCAUGUGUUCUACCUGUCCUUGGCACAUGACUGAAGUUGAGCAGAGAGGUCAGCUCAGUGCUCUUAGAACCAUGCUCAAGAAGGGCAAGUGUAAACUCUAAGCAGCCCAGAUUCAGUAUUGACUCUCAGAAGCACAGGAGGCUUUAAGCUACCCCUAGGAUGAGCCAGCUUAAGCAGAGUGAAUGUAGCUACUAAGGCUUCCACUUGGUCACUCUGCUUUGUCUUUAGUGUUGUUAUGCUGUCUUCUCUCUUAAAUUUUGUUUUUACAAAUGUAAUGAAGGAUUAGUCUAGCAGAAGAAUGAAGAAGAAAAUGAAACUUUAAUUUAGGUUUGGUGGAGACAUUUUGGUGCAUUUCUUUCUGUCCAAGCACUUCCGCAUUAAACCUUUAUCGUCUGCACAUCUAAGAUGCUUUUAGUUUCAGUCCACCAAGUCUUGCCACUUGCAUGGAAAUCGGUAGCAUUCCUUCAGUCCAAAUUUACCAGAGUCUCUUCUAGAAUAUUCCUGAGUGCUCAAGACAGCCAGAGAGUCUAGCCCAAACACUUAGCAGCAGGGAAGUUUAAUGCUUCUGGAUCUGAACAUUGUCAAACCCCAGCUUCCAGCUUCUUAGCUAUCUGGUGUAUGCUGCUGUCCAGGGCUUGGAAGACUCUACUGCUUUUUUUUUUUUUUCCCCUACUAUCAUCACUGAACCUUAGGGCACAGACAAGAUCUCCUGAGCUGUUGGUGCUGUUCAACCAAUUCUGAUUUAAGGAAAUGGCCAAGGAAGGAAUGAAGAUGAAGAUGUAAGGACUACCAUAUUAUGUUUGGCCAAAGGCCCAAAUAGCCCCAAAAGUACAUUGACAAUGAUCAGGAGCAGAUGCUUGGGAAAGAUUAAAAAUCAGGGCAGAUGCUAGUGACCCUUCCCCAGAAUAGUCUUCCAGCCUCCAGCAAUUUGUUAUUUAAGGGCUUUCCAAGCCAGAUGUGGUGUCUUUUUAUUUAGUACCAUUUAAGGGCUUUUUUUGUGACCAAUUUUUUAAUCCAUUUAAGGUUUUAGUAUCUACUCUGUCCUGUGGCAAGAAGUCCUGUAGUUAAUGAUACACUGAGUGAAGAAGUAUUUCUUUUUCUUUAUUAUGAACCAGCUAGAUUAAUUUGAUAUCACCUAGUUUUCGUCUUAGAAGAGACAGUGAAGAACCAUUCCUUGUUCAUACCUUUUCAGUGCCCCUAGUGAUUCUCUGUAUUUCACAUUGUUCCCCUAUUAUCUCAUUUACAGACAGAAGCCUUAGUCUCCUGUAAACAGGCUGUCUCAUGUUUUUAAUUGGCCUUGUUGCUCUAAUCUCUUUCUUUUCCAGUUCUGCAAUGUUUUUACUGAGAUAGAACCAAAUUUGCCCAUGGAAUUCAACAUGUGGACAAACUGUCAAUUUAUCAGCUGGAAUAGUGGUGUUUUAUGUUUUAUUCUCUCCUCCAUUUGUAAUCAUUUCUAGCAUUGGUUUUGUUUUAUGACAGAUGAUGUCUGUUGUUUCUAUAAUAAUUCUAGGCCUCAUUUGUCAAUUAUGAUAUUCAGUUCAGAGUUCCUCGUAGAGUAUAUGAAGCCAGGACUGUUUUCUGAAUGCAUAGCUUUGCAUUUAUCGGUAGUGAAUUUGAUCUGCUGUUUUGUUGUGCAUUCACUGAAUAUCAUGAGUUCCUAUUGCAUCUUUUCCCACAGCUCAUCUUUACUAUUCGUGGCAACUUCAUAUCAUCAGCAAACAUCACCAUCUCCAAAUUAACCCCUUUUUCAAGGUGAUUUCUGAGUAUGUUGAACAGCCUGGGCUCCAGCAAGGAUCCCUGUAGGACAAUAAGGUGACUUUCCUCCACUGUGAAAAUGAUACAGUUAUUCAUAGUUUUAAUCGAACUUUUAACCACUUACUUAUCCGUGUAAGAGGAACUCUUACUCCUUGACAGCUUUGAUGAGGAAGUUUGUUUGCUGCUUUGGAAAUGUAAGUUUACUGAAGCAGGGCUUGUUUUCCAUGCAUGAAUGGGCUAAGUUCCUCCUUCACCUAGGUUUAUCUAGAAAUCCCCAUCUUCUUCUGAUUCUUUUCUCCUCUGAGCAACUAAUCUUAUGAUGCAGGCUUCUUACGGCAAUAUUGUUUGACCUCCCUCCUCUCGUGUUAGCUGGCUCUGUUUAGGAAAGAAGGAUCAGCCAGGCAGCAUCUGGCUGUGGAUAAUACUCGAUUCUGCAAAAGUAGAUGAUAAUUUUGCUUCUUAAUUUUCCUAUGUCACAUUGUACCUUAGGAGAAAAAAAAAAAAAUCCUGACUCUGUCUUGUACCAAGUAGGCUGAAAUUCAAUGAGGUUUUUAGUUAUGUUUUUUUAUCACCCUUGAGCUAAAUGACUUUGAAUCAUAAUUAAAUUAGGUAUUGAUUUUUAAAAUUCAGCUAGAUAUGUUUGUCUUCUUUGAGAAGGAUCUUGGGAAAUUUACUCUGCUGAGAGGCAAAGAUUCGGAAACACUUGGGUUCUAAUUCUUCCUUGCUAAUAACUCUGUGUGCAGUCUUUGAUAAAUCCUUUAGUGACAGGUAUAAAAGGUGUGUAACCCCUAAAAAGGUACAUAUGCAUCUUGGGAUAGUUUUCAAAAUGUGAUUAAUAUCAAAAUACUUUUGCUUCUUCACCCACUGAAGUGAACAGUGAAAGUUGCACAGCUUCCAAUAAGGUCGGGCCCAGCCUUUAGUAUCUUUAGGUGAAUUUCUGGCCCCACUGAACUCAGUGAGAGUUCCAGCAGCCUGUCAGUGUAAUGGGAGCAGCAGUUCUCAUCUGACCUAUCAAAACAGGGGAUAAUCAUCACAUGGGUUAACUGGCUUUUAUUACAUAGCUUAUUCAUUGUAAACUGAUUGAUCUCUGUCCAGUGAUUUGAAGGUGAAAAAGAAGCCUGCCCUAUAUAACAGACAAAUACAAUUUUUGUUUCUGUCCUAAUUUAUGAGAGAAGGAUGAGAUUGCAUCAGAUUAUGUACUAGGAGGAGUAAGUCAUUUGCCUCCUGAUGGAACAGCAGUUCAUGACAAAAGGUGGCUCGCCAUAGGCAAUGAUUAUGACAGUUGUAAUUACUGGUCACAUUAGUAUCCUGAUUGUUCUGAAGAGCACUGAGAUACUCAGAAAUGUUCUUCCCUCAUGAGAUUUUGGGUAUUUCUCUGGAUGAUCCUGCAGCAAGUUACACAUUAGGAGCCAUUUCUGAUAUAUGCCAUGGUAAAAUAUGUAAAUAGCAUCACGUUGUCUCGGGAUAAGAGCGUUCUUAAUGCUUUUCGGCACUGUAAUUA